GUCUUAGGGGGUCAGGCACACGUUGAGCAUAUGGCACACUAGUAGGUUUUAUCAUCCGAAGGAGCUAGAGGCUGUCUUCUUUAAAGAGUCUCGGAUGUAUAGCUAACAUUAAAUUGCCAGACGAAAAGCACAGUGCUUGAUAUCCUGUCCUGCCUUUCCCUUCAGCCAGUUAUUCUGAUGCAGGUUCAUCUAGAGUUAAGAACAGGAGUUGUUUUACCAGCUCCUUGCACUAGCAACAAGUCUGUAUUUUGAGCCUGCUUUUUGAAUGAUCCAGGAUAUAUCAGUCAGCAUAAGUCCUUACAAAAGCUAUCGAUUUAAGUUUUUUUAUUAUUAUUUUCGCUGGUUGGAUUAUAAUACAAUGCUGAAAACCCUCACCAGAAAGCUGAAAAACCAAAGUUUAAGCGAAAUUCCGUCCUUUCAGCUGAAGAUUUCCUACCAUCCAAAUGAAGAAGAUGAAAGUGAAGAUUCAGAAGGAGAGAAUCAGGAGCUUGCACAGAUUGACAGAGAAAGAAGAAGAAAAUGUAGCCUGACCCCUCUUGCAACUAAUCAGCUACAGAACCAAGGUAAUCGAUUAUGCAAAGUACGACCCUUCUUCCAUAAUGGUCUAGAUCAUCACAGCUCUGAGGAGGAGUUAGAGAGAAUCUGCCUUGAGAAAAGAAAGUGGUCCCAGAUGUCUCAAAUAAGCUGCUGUGGUGAUAGCACAUCUUCCAGUGAUGAGGAAGUUAGAGACUUGUGUCGGACAUCUUUUAUGCCUGUGGAUCAGGCUGAUCAUAUACGUGCCAGUCCUAGUCCAGUGCUAUUCAGUGCCUCUCCUCCAAAGAGACUCCAGCCUCUGCUGCGAAGUGCAGCCCGUCCUGUCAUUAUUGCUAGUGUCGGAGCAAGCUUCGAUCAGGCAUCCCCAUGUAAAAGACACAGAAAAACGUAUGGAGACAAGGUUAGCAGGCCUAGCCUUGAUCUUGAAAAAAUGCAACAGAAAAUGUUGCUCAAGAAAAACUGUGGAGCAAAAAGCAGAGUCAUAAAAAUUCGAAGUAUCAGUGGCAGCCUCCCAGCACCCCGAUAUAUGUAUGACCCAUCAAGCUUCACAUUCCGUCCUCUUAGCACCUUGAAUCCACGGAGUCCUGUGGGCCCCCUUGAAGAAUCAUCACGUGCCUAUUGAAGGAGAACAUUGGUGUUUAUUUAUUUAUUUUUUGUUUCUUGCUUUUUUUUUUUUUAAUUAAACAAACCAGGAAAUGUAACAAUCCCUCAGGAACCUACGGGACUUUAAUCAGGAAGUGAAAAUUGAAGAUUACAAAAACAUGCAAUAAUAGACAAUUCUGUAACACAUGCAAUUUGCAUUUUGAUUUUCUAGGGAAUAUUAAAAUGCUGACUCACAAAAUGAAAAAAAGGCAAAUCAAGAACAUGCUUUGAAGAAGUGGACGAUGUGACUGAAUAUGACUUAAAUAUUUCUUCUGUGUUACAGAGAGGAUUGCAUACACAUUGUUAAAGCAACACCUCUGUCUGUGGCUACAGAGUGGUUUCUCUUACAGUAACUUUAUUCUUUCUCUCUCUUAAUGCAACACCUUAAUAUUGCUAAGUAGAGACAAAGUGCUUAAUGCAAUUUCUCACUGUAAGGAAAUUCAUUGAUUACUUAGUAUUUCCCACUGUUGUUCAGGUAUUGAAAUGAGCAACAAUUUGUAUUAGUCUCUAAAACAAUAUUAUCAGCUUCUGUCAGUGUGUUUGUAUAUUCAUUAACAAUCACUUCUGUUGCAUAGACCUUCCUGCAUUUCAGGGAAAGUAUCUAACUGAAUGCCUUACAAAACAUCUUUAAUCUGUUUAUAAUAUCCAGGAUUGUAUUCCUAGAAGCACAGGCUAUGCUUGUGUUUGUAACAUGUACUGUAUAUGUGUCACAAGUGAUAGUUUUGGUGCACGCAACUUCCUAUAGUUCUGUUGAUUGUGUUUAAAUGGGAACUCUGGGAUUUAAUUAGAGUAAACAAAGUAAUUAAUGACAUGCAGAUGCACUUUUCAUCAUACGCAGGAUUUUCUGAAUAAUGGACUGGGCUAAUGGUGUUCAUGUGAAUUUGGGGCAUGUCUCAUGGAGACUGAUAUUUGAAGUAAUGUCCCUGUAUUGUACCUCUCCCUCCUCUGGCUUUGAGGUGGUUAUAGAGUAUGAAAUGGAAAUAAUUUCUGUCUUGUGCUGCUAACAUGUUAAGGUUACGUACCAGAAAACUUUUUUUAAGCAUUGUAAUCAGCCGGUAGCUCCUUGAUUUGGUUUUGACUUGCACAUUUUUUGUUCUUACUCAUUUGAAGAUUGUUCCCUAUGUGAAUAUAAUGAAGGCUGAAGGGCUGUUUAUAGUUUGCCAUUUGCAGGUCCUAUGAAGCUGAAGGUUGUACUGUUCUGGGAACAGUAGAUCAUAAACUGCCAAGCCACUGAAAACAGCUUGAAACUAGGUCUUGUACAGUAAAGCACUUUAUAAAUGAUGAAAUAAUUAAUGCCCUGGGCUGGGAAAUGCAAGCCUAUUAAAGAGGUGCAUUAUGCUUUUAGGCCAUAUCCUUAUGAAGUGUUGCCUGUUUGUAAGAGAUUUUGCCUCAGUGUUUAUACAGCACUUCUAACACUACAUUAAUACUCUUGCUAAAGGAUAGGUAAGGAAAUUUGGCUUGUGUUAUGUAUACCUGAGAUUUUUUUUUUAAUGUGGAUUUUUUCAUGAAAAAUAGCUGUUAUUAAAGAGAUACAUAAAAUAUGAUGUAGACAGUAAAACAAAAUCUUCAUACAUCUGUUUUGAGUCACCCUUUGCCUGUACCGUCAUUGGCUGCUUUUUCAGUGGCUGCAAGGUUGGAUAUAGCUAUGUCAUACCGUUCACCUGCUUAUAACAAGCAGGAAGGUAACCAAACUCAGAUUUAGGAUACUUUUCUGCUUUCUUCAGAGAUUCAUAUGCUCAUUAACAUGUUAGAUAAGCACUGAUUCUCCUAUAGUUUUUCAUUCCUGGUGUAACCCCAAAUUAAGUAUAAGGCUGGUGAUGAAUUUGUGGCAUGUAUUAUUUAAAAGUACUGCUAUUACUGUUUAUCACUUCCUAAUGUUUCUCUAAAAGUGACAACUUCUGUAUUUUGUACUAUGAUUGAUUAUGGUGUUAUUUUCAUGGAGGAAGGGUAAAAUGACAUGAAACAAUCACUUUAACUGAAUGAAGACCAGGCUGACAGUCUUGUUUCACUGGAAGGUGGUAUAAGUCAUUACCGACUUUUAGGGUUUUGCCUGGAACAGGAUGAUUCCUUGCAUGUUUCUUGUUAAACAUCUAGUAACAAGGUGACUGCUCUUAAGCCAUACCGUGUAAUUUUAAGUAUUGCUGCUUGCUGAAUUGGAUAAUUUUCUUCUGCACUUAUGCAAUAGCUAUAGGAAUUUAAGUUUUCAUGCUGUAUUGUUGACCAUUAUAAAAAUCUUAAGUACAGAUUGCCCACAAUGUACAAGGGGGUUCUGUUCCAGCAACCUUAUUGUAAGCUGAGUUUGUCUGCAGUUGAAAAUCCUAACACUGUAUUGUGCAAUACAGUAUGAUAUGAACACCAAAGAUGUGUACAUACUUAAUGUGUACAAAUGCCACAUUAUGAGCAUUGUAAGCCUGGAUGUUCAUAAGUCGCCUGUCAUAAGUUGAGGACCUGCUGUGUAGCUCAGUAGUUUAAGACAGUAAGGUACAAACAGACCGGCCCUUUAGUCAUGAAUCUGAUUUGGCAAAUGUUCACUUACCAACUGUCACUGCACCUGACCAGCACUCCUAUGUCACCUCUGAAAACAUAAAAGUGACUUUUGCACAAGUAAAGUAAAAAUGAAAUUCAAAUCUCUAAUUUACCAUUUCAGCUUUGCAGCUCUUUUAGCAGUGAAGGAAUGGAAUUGUAUUUCAUGUUUAUUUCAGUAUACCAGCAAUAGACAUUUUAGUGAAUUUUACUGCAAGGUUUAUAAUUCUUUGCCUUGUUGAGCUACGUGAAAUCUUCCUUUCCAAAUACCUCUUCAUACUUUCUCAAAGGAUUAGUAGGCAGGCUGUCUUCAGUAUCCCAGGUGAGUAUGGCUGACCAUUAUCAAAGAUGGCAGUUUUAGAGUGUGUUGAGUCACCUCUCUAGUUGCCUUCUUUUGGAAAAUGAGAUGGCUACAAAUACUGUGAAAUCCACAUUGCCUUUAAGCUUUACUUGGUUAGCCCAGCAGCAGAAAAAUGUUCUCAAGAUAUUGCUCAUGAAACUGGUACCAUAUUGUCAUGGUCAUGACUAUAACCAUUACCAGUACAGAUUGCUUUGAGAAGACAUGUGAUUUGUACAUCUUCUUUUCCCCCUCCUGUUUGACACUGGUGUGACAACAAGGGUGGUCAUUAUUAUCUUUGCUAGUUUUGUGCUCAACAGCCUUAAAUGACAUCAUCAGAGGAUCAGAAAUCUUCUUGAGUGCAUUAAGCAGUUAUCACAAGCAUUUGAUGAUGUCAUGGACCUUCCAAGAUUAUGUUGUCAGACCUCAGCUUAAUAACAUGCAUGACUAGCUCAGACACAUUAAGGAUAAACUUAUUGUAGGAUAAUAUCUUAGAACUUCAGAAAGCAGAUAAACUAUCUUGACAUUUCAGGAAUUAAGUCUUCACAGUGAGUCCUUUGCUCCCACGGUUAAAACUACUAUCAUAGUCAGAGCAUGUGCUCUUAAUACUUAAUCUUUAGAAAUGUACCACCGUUACAGCCUAUGUAUUCUUUUUAUGUGUUAAUGCACAUAAUAAGAGGUGAGGUGUGUGCUUAUUUUCAGUUUUCUGGGUGAAGGAGAUGACUCACAAAAGGUGAUCUUGAUUCUGCUGUUAAUUAGUACAAGUAAUGGAAACACAUGUUGAAGUGUCAGUGCUCAAAACUGCCAUUCAUAUGGAACAUUCUAGAAUUAUAUGAAUGGCAUGGUAGCUAGAAAGCAGUGACUCCAGAAUACACUAGUUAUAGACACACACACACACACACACACACACACACACACA